UCUGUGCGGCAGGUUGCACAUUGAAACCUGCCGACUGGGGAACGCCAGAGGCUGUGUUCUGGCUGCUGCAACAGAGCGUUUCGGCGCAAAGGACCCGCCGGCCGGCGCCUGGACAAGCUCGCCCACGGGAGCCGCAGCGAUCAGGGAGUAGAGCCAAGAUGCGAGACUCCCCGGCCCGCAGGGUCGUAGCGGCGACUACUACGCUCCUGCUGAUAUGCUCGACUGUCAAGAUGAGUGCAGUUUAUGUACAAGGAGCAGAAUUUCUUCCCGAGUUCACACUGAUCCGUAGGGAAAGUUAUCCUGAAGAAUCAGUGGGAGACCAAACCCUGAGCCACAAGCCUGAAGAUCAGAGUUGGCAGACAGCUCACUCAGAGGAGGAUGGAGAUUCACAGUGGGAUGCCUGGGGCCAGUGGAGUGAUUGCUCACGGACCUGUGCUGGAGGUGCUUCAUACUCACUGCGGCGAUGUCUGAGUAGCCGAAACUGUGAAGGGCAGAAUAUCCGGUACAGAACAUGCAGCAAUGUGGAUUGCCCUGCAGAAGCUGAGGAAUUUCGUGCCCAGCAAUGCUCUGCUCACAAUGAUGUCAAAUAUCAGGGCCAGUACUAUGAGUGGCUUCCUGUCUACAAUGACCCUGACAAACCAUGUGCACUGAAGUGUCUGGCAAAGGGAACGUCACUGAUUGUGGAACUGGCACCAAAAGUGCUUGAUGGUACCCGGUGUUACACUGAGACCUUGCACAUGUGCAUCAGUGGAAAUUGCCAAGUUGUUGGCUGUGAUCACCAACUGGGAAGCAGUGCCAAAGAAGAUAACUGUGGGAUCUGCCGUGGCAAUGGCUCCACUUGUAGACUUGUACGAGGACAGUACAAAUCUCAACUCUCAUCAAAUAAGUUGGAUGACACUAUCAUUGCUAUUCCAUAUGGAAGUCGGCAUGUCCGAAUCGUACUCAAAGGCCCAGACCAUCUAUAUUUGGAAACAAAGACUCUUUUGGGCCAGAAAGGAGAGAGCAACCUCAGUGCACCCGGAUCCUUCAACAGUGUAAACACCAGCUUCGAUUUCCAGAAACUUCCGGAGAAGGAGAUUCUGAGAGCAAAAGGACCACUCGGAGCAGAUUUCACUGUGAAGAUACAAUACGUGGGUACAGGAGAAAGUGUGGUCCAAUUUUUCUUCUACCAGCCAAUCAUACAUCAAUGGAGGGAGACUGAUUUCUUUCCAUGCUCUGCGACUUGUGGUGGAGGGUACCAGCUGACUUCGGCUGAAUGCUAUGAUCUGCGAAGCAAGCGUGUUGUGUCUGACCAGUAUUGUCACUACUAUCCUGAAAACGUAAAGCCCAAACCCAAAUUACGGGAGUGUAGCAUGGAUCCCUGUCCAGCCAGUGAUGGCUACAAAGAGAUCAAUCCUUUUGACCACUUUCACCCACUUCCUCGGUGGGACAGUAGCCCUUGGACUGCCUGCUCAAGCUCCUGUGGAGGAGGUGCUCAGAUUCGCACUGUCUCCUGUGUGGAGGAAGACAUCAAUGGACAAAUCAGCAAUGCAGAGGAGUGGAAGUGCAUGUACACACAGAAAUUUCCUGUCAUGCAGCCCUGUAACCUCUUCGAUUGUCCUAAAUGGUUAUCACAGGAAUGGUCUCCUUGUACAGUGACAUGUGGACAAGGCCUCAGAUACCGCGUGGUCCUCUGUAUUGAUCACAGAGGACUGCAUGCUGGUGGCUGCAACCACAAGACAAAACCUCACGUUAAAGAAGAAUGCACGGUCAUGGUUCCAUGUUAUCAACCAAAAGAGAGACUUCCUGUGGAAGCAAAGCUGCCCUGGUACAAACAGGCACAGGAGCUGGAGGAACUGCUGGUUGUUUCCGAGGAGCCUUCCUUUAUUCCAGGACCCUGGUCUCCAUGCAGCACAACAUGCGGGCCUGGUACCCAGCUUCGAAAGGUCAAAUGCCAGGUUCUGCUGCCCUUCUCACAGUCAGUAGAAGACUUGCCAGAUGAUGAAUGUGAAGGUCCCAAACCACAAACCGAGCAAGGCUGCUAUGCAGGGCCAUGCAGCAGCGAAACAGGAGAUUAUGAAGGUGCAGAGACUGAUCUAAUGUAUGCCAACCAACAGGGUCGGGAAGAGCUGUAUGCCUGGGAAUAUCAGGGCUUCACAGAGUGCUCCAAGUCAUGUGCAGGAGGCAUUCAAGAGGCAAUAGUGAUUUGUCUGAAUAAACAGACGAAGGAGAGGGAAGAUGAAAGUCUGUGCAGACUCCAGGUCCACCCCCCACAACUGCUUAAAGUCUGUCGGCUAGGUCCCUGUCCUCCCAGGUGGGAGCUUGGAAAGUGGAGUCCCUGUUCAUCCAGCUGUGGCCUUGGUCUACAGACCAGAGAUGUCUUCUGUAUGCACCUCUUAUCUCAUGAAACUAAUGAGACAGCGACCCUGGAGGAUAAGAACUGCCCACAGCCGAAGCCAGACAAUGUGCAAGCUUGCAAUCAAGUCAGUUGCCCCCCAGACUGGCAUGCUGAGGAGUGGCAAAAGUGUUCACAGAGCUGUGGCCGUGGUAUUCAGAUACGACAGAUCUUCUGCAAACAGAGAAUGGCUGAUGGGAGUUUCAGGUACUUGGCUGAGGAAUUCUGCAUCACUCCUAAACCGGAUGAUCAUCAGCUCUGUGCAAGCAUAGUCUGCCCAGCUCAGUGGCUCCUUUCUGAAUGGUCACAGUGUUCCACCACCUGUGGGGAAGGUAUACAGAGACGUGAUGUGGUUUGCAAGAAGAGGGGCCAUGGUGGGAUUUCCAUUACUCUAAAUGCUUCAGAGUGCUCCAAUCUCUCUCAUCCACCACUGCUACAAGCAUGCUUCAUCAUGCCCUGUGCUAGAGUAAAUAGAAAGGAGAACAAACUUUCUCAUCGCCAUGGACCUCACAUACUGGGGCUUCGAAAGGUCUAUAUCCAGCUAAGGAAAGAAAGGAAACUCCACUUCAAUAUUGGUGGGCAGGCGUAUCUGCUUCCCAAAACAUCUGUGCUCAUCAGAUGUCCUGUUAGAAGAUUUCAAAAAUCCAUGAUAGUGUGGGAGAAAGAUGGGAAACACCUACCAAGCUCUGCCCAUGUCACUAUCACUCCUUUUGGUUAUAUCAAAAUAAACCAGCUGCAGCCAAUGAAUGUCGGUACCUACACAUGUGUAGCGGGAUCUGCACGUGAUCAUUUUGUGAUUAAAAUAAUUGGGAGCAAUAAAAAGCUGGUUGAAUGGCCAUCAGCCAGCAGACAGGAAGAGGCCACUGGACUUUCAAAUGAAGCACUAAGUCCAAAAGAUAAGCAUCCACCUGGAGUGAGGAGGAAUAAGACAGAUAAAAAUCAUUUCUUCAUUCAUCCUCAAGCUCAAUAUGAUGGAAUUAUUCGUAAGUUGCUUGAAAUAAAAGGUUGGCCUCAGGAGAGUCUGGACUCAAUGGAAUCACAAGAGUCCACAGAAAAGGACUUUGUUUCUAUAGAGGAUGCUCGUGUGGAAUCCAGCAUUUCCCUAACUUUUGUGAUAGAUCAGGAGAGACUGGAUGAAAUCAGCAGGGCCAUUUCAAGGCAGAGCGAUGAUCGAAAGGAUGCCUAUGCUACCCAUGUUAUCUCGCACUUAAUUGCUGAAAUUUCCAAGGCUGAGCCAGAUGCCAAUGAAUCCAAACUGAAAGUCCGUGACAGGAACAAGUAUACUAAUUCAGUGGAGUCUUCCUUUCAUAAAAUUACCACUGAUGACCAUGGAUUAUCAAAAUUAUCAUCAAUGGAACAGUCCAGUUCCAAGGGAUCAAUCCAUGCAUCUCCAGAACUAUUCAAGGCACCAGUAAUAUGGCAGAAGGCCAAUGGUAAGCCUUUAGCUUCAUCAACAGAGGUUGUUGCUGACGUAGGCCGCACAGUGCUGCUGGCCAGCUGGACUCGGUCUUUGACACUGAGGUGUGAAGCAGAUGGAAAUCCAAAACCACUCAUCAGCUGGACAAAAAAUGGCCAAUUGUUAAAAUACAGCCAAAGAGUUCAAAUUCUUCCAGACCAGGCGUUGCAAAUACUUCUUCCGAGUGAGUCUGAUGUUGGAGUCUACAAUUGCACUGCUAUCAACCCGAUUGGUUUAGACUCACGCUCAUCCAUUGUUGCUGUUACAGGGAAGCCAAUAAUUAAAACGUCCAGCCAUGACUUGGUGAAUAUUAAUUCAACAUCUGUCAGUGUGGAUGUGGGCAGUGUUGUGAUAGCAAGGCUAGGAACCAAUAUCACAAUCAAGUGCCAAGUCGAUGGUUUUCCCAAACCCUCUGUCACCUGGACAAAGGAACUAGUGCCUCUUGGUGCAAAUGUUCAGCUUCUCCCGGAUGGAUCUCUCUCAAUAAUCAAAGCCAGUCCAGCCAACCAGGGGUUAUAUUCCUGUGAGGCGCUGAAUGUGCAAGGCCAGGCAACAGCAGCAAGCAAUCUGAUAUUACAUGAGCCCCCAAGAGCCUUUCCAGAGUUUAAAGACUUGAUGCUGAAGUUAGGACUAACAGGCUAUGAAUUUCAUGCUGUUCUUGCAUCUAGUCCUGGGAGCAAAGAGUUUCUGAGUGCCGGAAACAACGUUCUGAUUGGUUGUCCUGUUAAAGGAUUUCCGAAGCCCAGCAUCAGUUGGUUACACAAUGGCAAACCCAUAAAUGGGACAUCUCGUCCUGGCCAAGUCCUAGCUUUACAACAGAUCCUUCAAAUAACAAAUAUCACAAAAGGUCUCCAAGGAGAUUACAGUUGUCGUGCUGAGAAUGAAGCUGGAACUCUUGUACUAAAGGUGACGGUGGAGAUAGCAGCGUACAAGUGGCUGAUUGGUGGUAUGUUACCAUGCUCAGCUCCAUGUGGAAAUAAAGGCCUGAAGCUUCCAAAGCUAAAGUGUCUGCAGAACAAUGAAACUGAGGUUGACAAGUUUUACUGCAAGGGCAGGCCUCUCCCACACUUCCAGCCCAUUAAAUGUAACAUAAAGGAUUGUCCUCCAAGGUGGACUGUGACCAGCUGGUCCCCUUGUUCACAGCUCUGUGGGGGAGGAACACAGAAGCGGCUGGUCAGUUGUCAGAAGGUGACAGCAGAAGGAAUGCUUAUCAAUCAGUCGCCUAGCUUCUGUGCUCAGUCGGGAAAGAAACCACCAGAUACCCAGACCUGUGACAAGCAACUGUGCUCACAAUGGAUUACAUCGAACUGGAGCCAGUGCAAUGGUCAGUGUGUGGGGCUGAGGCUAGGCACCCAAUAUCGCCACGUUGUCUGCCAGGCACAGAAUGGGACCAGGUUACCUUCUCAGCACUGCAGCGGCAACAUAAGACCAGUCAGCAAACAAAACUGUACCUCAGAUGUCUGCACAGUCCAGUGGCGGAGUAGUUCCUGGACGCCUUGUACGUCUUCCUGUGGGAAUUAUGGAUUCCAGUCCAGGCGGGUCGAAUGUGUGCAUUUACGCACAAACAGGCAAGCAAGAGAGCAGCUCUGCUUGUGGAAGCAGAGGCCAGUGAACUGGCAGAGGUGUAACAUCAUCCCAUGUGAAAAAUCGGAAUGCAGAGACACAACCCGAUACUGUGAAAUGGUAAAGCGGCUAAGACUCUGUCUCCUACCUCAGUACAAACUACGUUGUUGUGAAUCCUGCAGUGGGAUCUGACGAUGGCGCCACACUACAACUCAUCUGAAACAAUGAAGUGACGGGCAGAACAAACUUGAACUUGUCUCAUUGUUUUGAAAUUUCAGAAGUGCUGCUUGUGCUUUUAUUUCUGAAGGACAGAUGAUCAUUGGAGAGUGUGUCGGCAUUUAAAUAGACAAGAAUCUGUCUGCUGCCAAUACAGCUGUUACAGUUUAUUUAGACAUACUGUACAUUCCUUUAUUGCCUUUGUGCUUUGGAGGAGGGCUUUAGCCUUUUGAGUGAGUGCUUUUGUUGCACUGACAAUGACGCUGGACAACAGCACCUGUAUGACUUUGAGAAAGAUAUUGACCACCUUCCCUAAUUUUCCUCUCAAUGCCCAAGGAAAAUGUAUUAACAUUCUGCUUUGGCUGUUUUGUAGGAAUUUCUGCUCAGGCCUGUUGUGGAAUUGUGCAAAGAAACCCAACUAUAUUAUAGAAAGACACUGGCUAGGUACAAAGCUAUGAUAGGAGUAAAUGGACCAAAAGAUAACUUAUGGUAUUGAGCUGCAUUGGGAAAGAAAUCCAGCAUUUUGGAGAGAAAGAGAGAGGGCAAUGGCUUAUUACUUUCUUUUUACACCUAUCACAGAUCUUAACAACUAAUCAAAUAUUUCUUCACGGCAAUUUUUGAUCAAGGAUCCCGAUCCUCUUAGGGUUAGAGGUGAAAUCUAUCUUACUGGUGUAACAUCAAACAGUACCACACAGGAACAGGCCCUUCGGCCCACAAUGGUGUGCUGAACCAGCUAGAAAGCAAAUCAAAAACACCCAAACACUAAUCCCUCCUACCUACACCAUGUCCAUAUCCCUCCAUGUGCUUAUCCAGACAUCUCUUAAAAGCCUCUAAUGUACCACCACACCAGGCAGCGAUUCUAGGCAUCCACCAGUCUCUGAGUAAAAAUACUUACCCCUCACAUCCCCCUUGAACCUACUCCCUCUCACCCUCAAUGCAUGCCCUCUGGUAUUAGACAUUUCGACCCUGGGAAACAGAUACUUUCUGUCCACUCUAUCUAUGCCUCUCAUGAUUUUGGAAACCUCUAUCAGAUCUCCAGCGCUCCAGAGAAAAAAAAAACAAGUUUAUCCAGCAUCUUGUGAUGGCACAUGCCGUCUAAACCAGGCAACAUCCUGGUAAACCUCUUCGGCAUCAUCUCCACCCUUCCUAUAGUGGGGCGACCAGAACUGUAUGCAAUACUCCAGACAUGAGAAAUUCUGCAGAUGCUGGAAAUCUAAGCAACACACACAAAAUGCUGGAGGAACUCAGCAGACCAGACAGCAUCUGUGGAAAAGGAUAAACUCUUCCCCCGGCAUUUUGAGUGUGUUGCAAUACUCUAGAUGUGGCCUAACCAGAGUUCUAUGAAGUUGUAACAUAACUUCUUGACUCUUGAACUUAAUCCCCGACUAAUAAAAGCAAGCAUUCCAUAAGCCUUCUUACCACCCUAUCGACUUGCGUAUCCACUUUCAAGGAGCUUGGAUUCCAAUACACUGAACUAUGCAACAGUGAAAGCAGGUCAAACUUAUGGAAAAAUCCAAAAUUUCAGAAUAGCACAUAUAAACUCAAAGGAAUAUUGGCAAAAUGUUGUGAAAACUAAACAUUCAAUGAUUAAAAGGCAAGUGGGAGGAACAGAGAGUGCAGGAAGUAUCAACAUCUGUCCCUCCACCUGAAGAACAUGUGGCAUGCCUCAGCAGUCAAUGGGAAAUUUGAAAAACAUUUUGACAAUAAAUUGCGUUCCACCCAGAGUUUUAACAAAAUAGCCCUGCCAUCACUGAUUAAGUUCAAAUGACCUCAUUGAAUUAAUUUCCCUCUUUUUUCCCAUCUUUUCUGUUUUGAUUUCAAUACUCUACAUUAGAAAUUGAGAAGGACUGUUGUAGCACCUGACUUUGUUUUGCCCUAGUCAGUUAUAUUAAAAUGCCUGCACUUAUUUAUCUGAACCAAUCUCUUGUCCUGGUGGUCUGCCUUGAUCAUUUUGCCUCCAGUUUCUUCUUUUCAUUGCCUGACCAUUUCCCAGCCAACCAAGACUGCAGGCAAAAUGGCAUUAGAGGCUCUGAGACAGCUCACUACAACCUGCAGCUGAGCCACAACUUCAGUUUCAGUAUUGCACAACUUGCCUCACAAUUCAGAGCACCAAUGUACAUGUACUUCAGCAUAUGUUCAAAACUGAAAAUAAAUGAAACCUUCCUGCCCCCCCCAAACAAACGUACUCUGGGGAAAACAGUGGAAAAUUCUGAAUUAUACAUCAGCUUCUAAAUAGCUGGAUUUUUAAUACACUUUAUGAUGAAAAUAUAUUUGCAUAUUCUUGUCAACACAGAUCUCCCCAAGCCACAAAUUGUUCCAACUAAAAAUCGGUGCUAAUAUUUACAUUGGCAUAAGAGUGGCCCAGGAAAGUUGUCCUUGAUUCUCUACAAGGAAGUCUUCUAUUUUCACUCAUCACUUAGUGGCAGAAUAGGAACUCAAUAUUGUGAAAGCAUCACUUCAUUGAGAAGUGAAAUGCAUCACAUUAUUAUCAUAUCUGUCCUCAUUGAGAUAGGUUUACAGUCUUUAUACAUGAUCAAAUGUCUCAACUAAUACCACAAGCUGGAUGAAUGGUUUCUGACUCUGUGUUAUGCUCUUUUCCUUCUUGAAAAAUAUAGGCACUUUGAAACGUUUUAAAAACAGUGCCCUUUAUUGGAUCAGUGUAAUUCACAAGCAGAUUUACAAUUAUUGUGAAUGAAAAGCUCAUUUCAGCAUCACUUUCAUGUGUCCAAGAUUAGAAUAUCAGUUGUACAACUUGUUAAAAAUACUGCUUCUUACAAUCAUGUGCCCGGCCAGUUACUGUGGUGUGUAUAGCAAUUAUCAUCAUCCCUUUCCACACUUGGAAGAGCAGCUCUUAUUUCAGCUAUGUGCGUGUCUGUCGUCUAAGCUAGCUAGCUGUUUAAAUGUAUGUAUAAUUUAAAAUCAGACCUUUGUAAAAUAAGCUUUGUACCUAUUUAUUAGAAAGUCUUGUUGACAAUGUGCAAUAUGCUUUAACUCUGUUACUUUGUCCAGAAAGUGCUACUUUUGUGGAACUUUUGUUUUUUUAUUACCAAAGCCUUUUCUGUUACUUGCUGGAAAAUUUGAAUUUUUCAUUUUAAUAGCACUUCCAAUGAGUACAUUUGUAGUCUUUGUUUAAUGUUUCACUGCUGAAGUUUCAUAUGUAAUAUAUUCUCAAUUUAUUAGGCUGUUAUUUUUCUAACUUCUUUCCUAUUGAUAACUGGUUUGCCAGACUUGUUAUGUGCAUAAUCCCAUGUUUUCUCUAGGGCAAAUAUUUACUCAUCAGAAACAGUAUACCGAGAGAACAUUACUUGGUAUGAUGGAAGAAUUUGUUCAUUUGAUUAAAUGAUAUUGGAUUUCAUUGGAGCAGGUAUUACUCCAUGACCAACUUCAGAGGAAACAUGGAUUAGGUAUCUCAUUGAUAAUGGUUUAUGUUCCUAAGUUCAAAUAUGGGUCACAGGUGCCGUUACAGCUUCCAGAUCAGUUGACUGAAUUCCUUGUGAAUGUACUUUAGUUUUAUCCUGUGACAAGGACCCAGUGACACUUCUCUAAUGUCAGUGUUGCUGGAUAAAGUCUGAGAUUGCAUACAAGAAGCCUAUUUAUGUUUUUUUUGUACUAAGCCUACUUGAGAUCAAAUCUAUUAAAUGUACAA